AUUGUCUAUGGAUCAGAAUAAACCAGCAUAAACCAGUGAAGAGCAAUAAAAAGCAGGAAACGUACAACAAACCGUUACGGCUUUGGUUUCAGCUUUUUCCAGUCUGUUCGUUUAAAAAUCACGGUCACUGUUUAGUCAUCGUCAUCAACAGUGAUUUUUCAAUCACCGGUGAUGAAAUACCGGGCAUCACUUGUUUGCGGAUAAUAAUAAGGCACAGUUCAUAGAUAAGGUCAUUUUAAAUAAUAAGUGGUGAGAAUAUUGGUAGUGUAAACUUUUAGUGAAGCCUCACCCAACCUACAUAAUUUUACGAAUUCAUAUAAAUUCCCAACUAGAAGCACUGUAGUAACUGUACAUAUGUGUCCGAAUUUAAUACAUUUUUAUGAGUAGUUGAGAUUGAAAGAUUUGGCAAUUUUUGCGUAGCCUUCGUUUAGAUAUGUCUUCCGGACGUCCCAUAAAAUGUGUUGUUGUUGGUGAUGGUACUGUUGGAAAAACGUGUAUGCUUAUAUCAUAUACAACGGAUAGCUUUCCCGGUGAAUACGUUCCUACAGUAUUUGACAAUUAUUCUGCUCCUAUGGUUGUGGAUGGGAUUUCUGUUAGUUUGGGACUUUGGGAUACUGCAGGGCAGGAAGAUUAUGAUAGACUACGUCCAUUAUCAUAUCCUCAGACUGAUGUUUUCCUAAUAUGCUUUAGUGUUGCUUCACCUUCCUCAUUUGAAAAUGUUACUUCAAAGUGGUAUCCAGAAAUCAAACAUCACUGUCCUGAUGCACCUAUAAUAUUAGUUGGUACAAAAAUUGAUUUACGUGAUGAUCGUGAAACCUUAAAUGCAUUAGCCGAUCAAGGCUUAAGUCCUAUUAAGAGGGAGCAGGGGCAGAAGUUGGCAAACAAGAUUAGGGCAGUUAAGUACAUGGAAUGUUCAGCUCUAACACAAAGGGGGCUUAAACAGGUAUUUGAUGAGGCAGUAAGAGCUGUGCUUAGGCCUGAACCUCAAAAACGUCGUCAGCGUAAGUGUAUUGUAAUGUAAAGUAUAUUGUGGAUGUCACUAACUAAAUUAGUUGACUUUUACUUAAUUCAGUUUUCCAUUAUAUAGCAGAAAAUAUUUCUAACAUUAAAAUUGUAUAAAAUUUUAGUUAAAUUAAGUUGUUUCACUAGGCAGCUAUGGUUGCAAUAAUUUACAUUUAAAUUUUACACCUACAGUUUUAAUGGAAAAACAAAUUAAGUGAAUUUGAUGAAACGAAACAAAAACGUUAAUAAUUGAAAGUCAUUAUAUAUUAAGUAGCAGAAGUAAUUUUACUUCAGUUACAAUAUAUGCUUACUUGCAUUGAUGAGUAGAAGUCACAAAAAUUAAAUUACAUAAAUAAUUGUCACCCUUACUUUUAGGGGCAAUAGGGAA